AAUGAUACCUAAAAUUUGAGAUCAAAUUCCGCUUAAGAUAUUCAUCCUCGUUUAUCCAUAUAUGAAAGUACAUAUAGUUAAUAUAGGGCCCAAAAUGGCCCGAACAUUGUACUCAGUAAACAAAACUUCUCCUUUGUUAAUUUCCCCCGCUUUCUCACUCCAAUGAACAACUAACCCUCUCUUCCUCAAGUCAGCUCCUCCACUGUUCACCAUGUCUUCAAUCUCCUCUCCUCAUCCAAACCCUAACCCUAACCCUAAUCCCCAAUUCCCCCAACUUUCAAAUUCAAUCAAAUCAACCAACUUCAAAUGCAAGAAGUUUCAAUCCCAGAACACCCCUAAUUGGUUAGAGCUUCCUGAAGAAGUUUGGUUCUUAAUCCUCUCCAAAUUAAGCACCAUUGAUAUAAUCGAAAAUGUUCAGAAAGUUUGCUUGUUAUUCCGUAAUCUCUGCAAAAAACCUUCCAUGUUCAAAUUCAUUGACAUGACUUUGGAAGAUGCUUAUAUGGACUUGCCUUAUGACCCGAAUGUCAUGACCCGAUUCGCUGUUGAUCGUAGUGGUGGUUGUUUGGUUGAUAUUUACUUGGAGUAUGUUUGUGAUGAUGAUACGCUCAUGUACAUCGUUGAAAGGUCGAAGAAUCUUAAGCAUCUACGACUUGGGCACUAUUUAGAUGUUUCAGAUGCUGGACUGAUUGAAGCUGUUAAAAAGCUCCCGGUGCUUGAGGAAUUGGAGCUUAUUAUCUGUAAUUAUUCUGUGGAUACUAUUGAAGCUAUUGGCUGCGCCUGCCCUUCACUGAAAUCAUUCAGCCUAAAUUCAGUCGGGUCUAAUAAUUGUACGUUAGCUCGCAAUGAGGAAGCACUAGCUAUUGCUAAAACCAUGCCUAAUUUGCACAAUCUUCAACUGAUUGGGAACUAUAUGACAAAUGAAGGCUUGAAAGCAAUCCUUGAUGGAUGCCCUCUCCUCGAAUCCCUUGAUCUACGUGCAUGUUUCCUCAUUGAUUUAUCGGGAGAAUUAGGUAAAAGAUGUAAUCAGAUCAAGCGCUUCCGACUACCAUUUGACUCCACUGCAGAUUAUAGCCAUGAAGCUUGUGAAGAAUUCCUUGCUGACAAAUGGAUCUGCCUAUCUGGUGGUAGCGGCUUCUUUGGUUUCUAGCCAAGUAGCCAACAUAUAUUUUUUGGGGGUGUUGAGGAUAAUAAAAAUACCUUACUAUUUGAUGGUCUCGUGGAUUGCCCACUCUUUUGCUUUGCUGGUGAAGAGACUGAAGACCCCUUAUUUUUCAGCCCAUUUUCAGUCUUGCUGGAUCUACAAUCAUGUAUGUACUUCUGUAUCAGGUUGAUUUUGCCUUGGUUGCUUCCAAUGUUUACUCAGCUCUUUUUUCGGCCUUAACUUGCUGGACGAAUUAAUUUUUCCUUGGUUGCAUCCAAUGUAAUAGAUCCUUUUGGUUUUUUUUUUCUUUUUUUUUUUGGUGAGUGGCAAUAUGGCAACAUUUUUACUAGCCUAGUUCAUGUACUAUGUAAUUUAUCAUAUGUACUGUCAGGCUGUCAGCCCUGACAUUUAGAAACAUUUUGAUUGUGUCCCUGAUAACGAAGAUUAUAGUACGAAAUACGAGUAUUAAGAAUCAAAA